AUGGCCGACGACAGGGAUGGCGAGGUGCCGGUAGCCUCACUGCCAGUGUACCUCUCCGCUUCAUUGCCGUCUUCAUCGCAUGUCGAAUUGUUCCAAUACCCCCUCUAUGCACGUGGACGGCCCCUCCCUGUCCCACCGACCGCCGCUCAGCGGAAUCAGCGCGUGACGACGCGCUGGCGUCCCCAAGCGAAUCGCGUCGAAAUGGAUAUUCCGUUGGACAUGCGCGAAAACGUGUACAACCGGGAUCGAGGUAGGGAGUUGGCUGAGAACUGCACCUCCAUGCUGCCCAUCAAUGUACCGGGCGCCGACGCUGUGAAACAGGAACGCACCAACGACAUGCCAGUCGCCAACAAUGUAUUCGAUCGCAUGCGUCUAGAAAGCACCACCGUCCAGCCUGCCACGCGGUACAUGGUCGGCCUGGUACACCAAGGCGAAGUGCACCUGGUUCCUCUCGAUGCCAUCGUACAAAUGCGGCCCUCGAUGCAGCAUGUCGACCUCAUGUCCCAAGCCGACGAACAGCACCAUCGAACGAGCGGCGACGACGAGGACACAGCAGUGGCAACGCCCUCGGCUCCCACACAGAAAGGCGCCUCGGUGGUAUCUUUGAACGUGUCGAUGCGGACAGAGCCUACCAAGGCUUCCGGCGCGACCUCGCGCUACGGCGGCAUGGCUGGCGCGGCCGUCAAUCAACGCGACGCGGAAGCGGAGCGCUGGGUCCCGUUGCAAUUCUCGCACGACGCACACACGGAGGCGACACAUGCCCUCCUGGCCCAGCAUCGCGAUCCGUUGGUAUGCAGCACGGCGCCCCGCGACUUUUUGUAA